AUGUACUUCCCAGAUCUAUCCCAGCAUCCUCUGCGGCACAGGACCUCUUUUCGGCGAGGACAAAACAAGCAGCAUCUCAAGCAUUCCUUUUGCACAAAAAUAUGGCCGACAUGGUGGAUGAGAAGAUUAAAAACUAUAGGACGGCUCCUUUUGACGCCAGAUUCCCCAAUACAAACCAGACCCGCAACUGCUUUCAGAACUACCUGGAUUUUCACAGAUGCAACAAGGCCCUGUCAGCCAAAGGCCAAGAUGUGUCUCCCUGUCAGUGGUACCAGAGAGUCUACAAGAGCCUCUGUCCAAUGGGCUGGGUGUCUAAAUGGGACGAGCAGAUAGAAAGCGGAAGUUUUCCUGGGAGGAUCUGAAGUCACUAAAUGUUCCUGGUCACAGUUUUGUUUAGUUCAAACCUUUACCUCUGUAGUUUGCCUGAUCUCCAAAACAUCUGUCACUCUGCUGUUAUCAUCGUCAUCCGUGCAGCUAAAUGAAACUAAACACG